UGACCAGAACCCAUCGACAUGGCGCCGCAGGUUAUCAAGUGCAGGGCUGCGGUUGCCUGGGAGGCUGGAAAGCCUCUCUCCAUAGAGGAGAUAGAAGUGGCACCCCCAAAGGCUCAUGAAGUUCGAAUUAAGAUCAUUGCCACUGCGGUUUGCCACACCGAUGCCUAUACCCUGAGUGGAGCUGAUCCUGAGGGGUGUUUUCCAGUGAUCUUGGGACAUGAAGGUGCUGGAAUUGUGGAAAGUGUUGGUGAAGGAGUUACUAGGCUGAAAGCAGGUGAUACUGUCAUCCCACUUUACAUCCCACAGUGUGGAGAAUGCAAAUUUUGUCUAAAUCCUAAAACAAACCUUUGCCAGAAGAUAAGAAUCACUCAAGGGAAAGGAUUAAUGCCAGAUGGUACCAGCAGAUUUACUUGCAAAGGAAAGACACUUUUACAUUACAUGGGAACCAGCACAUUUUCUGAAUACACAGUUGUGGCUGAUAUCUCUGUUGCCAGAAUAGAUCCUUUAGCACCUUUGGAUAAAGUCUGCCUUCUGGGUUGUGGCAUUUCAACUGGUUAUGGUGCUGCUGUGAACACUGCCAAGGUGGAGCCUGGCUCUACUUGUGCCGUCUUUGGCCUAGGAGGAGUUGGAUUGGCGGUUAUUAUGGGCUGUAAAGUGGCUGGUGCAUCCCGGAUCAUUGGUGUGGAUAUCAAUAAAGAGAAAUUUGCAAAGGCCAAAGAAUUUGGAGCCUCUGAGUGUAUUAACCCCCAGGACUUCAGUAAACCCAUCCAGGAAGUGCUCAUUGAGAUGACUGAUGGAGGAGUGGACUUCUCCUUUGAGUGUAUUGGCAACGUGAAGGUCAUGAGAGCAGCACUUGAGGCAUGCCACAAAGGCUGGGGCAUCAGCGUGGUGGUUGGAGUAGCUGCCUCAGGUGAAGAAAUUGCCACUCGUCCAUUCCAGCUGGUAACCGGUCGCACGUGGAAAGGCACUGCCUUUGGAGGAUGGAAGAGUGUAGAAAGUGUCCCGAAGUUGGUGUCUGAAUAUAUGUCCAAAAAAAUAAAAGUUGACGAAUUUGUGACUCACAAUCUGCCUUUUGACCAAAUUAACAAAGCCUUUGAACUGAUGCAUUCAGGGAAGAGCAUUCGAACUGUGGUAAAGAUUUAAAUUCAAAAGAGAAAAAUAUGUCCAUCCUGUACAUAAGUCUUGUGAUCUGAUGGGAGCAGCUCUUCCAAGUUCACAACCUCUUAGACCGUCAGUAACUACUCUAGAUAUAGCAUUAUGUGUGUAAUUCAUAAAUCUCUCUAAUCAAGGACAAGGCUAAUACAGUCAUAAAUCUGUUUUCUGAACUCUCCUUCACAUAAGUAAUUGCUAGCUCAUUAAAGAAUAUUUUAACAUAAUAAAAGCAAUUUCUGCAUUUGUGUGGAA